UUUCCCGCCGAGCUGUGCUCUCGGCCGGGCCCUUACUGGCUAGGCCGCGCCUGUGGGUGGCUAGGAUGGCGGUGGCGGUGCGUGCUCUGCAGGAGCAGCUCGAGAAGGCCAAGGAGAGCCUCAAGCACGUCGACGAGAACAUCCGCAAGCUCACGGGGCGGGACCCCAACGAUGUGCGGCCCGCUCAAGGGAGAUUAUUGACCAUCACAGGCCCUGGUGGAGGUAGGGGGCGUGGAAGUAUAUUACUUAGGCGUGGAUUCUCGGAUAGCGGAGGAGGACCCCCAGCCAAACAGAGGGAUCUAGAAGGGGCGACCAAUAGGCUAGCUGGGGAACGUCGGACAAGGAGAGAAUCACGCCAUGAAAGCGACGCAGAGGAUGAUGAUGUUAAAAAACCAGCGUUGCAGUCUUCUGUUGUUGCUACCUCCAAAGAACGAACACGCCGAGACCUUAUUCAAGAUCAAAACAUGGAUGAAAAGGGAAAACAAAGGAAUCGGCGCAUAUUUGGCCUGUUGAUGGGUACUCUUCAGAAGUUCAAACAAGAAUCAACAGUUGCUACUGAGAGGCAAAAAAGACGGCAAGAAAUUGAACAGAAACUUGAAGUGCAGGCAGAGGAAGAGAGAAAGCAGGUUGAAAACGAGAGGCGAGAGCUCUUUGAGGAAAGACGUGCUAAACAAACAGAGCUGCGGCUAUUGGAACAGAAGGUUGAACUUGCUCAGCUGCAAGAAGAAUGGAAUGAUCAUAAUGCCAAAAUAAUUAAAUAUAUAAGAACAAAGACAAAGCCUCACCUGUUCUACAUACCUGGCAGAAUGUGUCCUGCUACCCAGAAGCUGUUUGAUGAUUCCCAAAAAAAAUUAAAUGCACUGUUUGAAAAUAGGCGCAUUGAGUUUGCUGAGCAAAUUAACAAAAUGGAAGCCAGGCCCAGGCGACAAUCUCUGAAGGAAAAAGAACACCAGGAGGUGCAGAAGGAAGAAAAGAAGGAAGACCAGAAGAAGGAGCAAGAAGAGGGUAAGGCGGUUCAGCAGGUGGAAGAGAUGGAGACAGGUAAUCGGAGCAAUGAUGUAGAAAUGGAAGAGGUAGGGGAAGAAAAGGAGGUAGGUGCUAGUCACAGUGAUGGAGAGAUAGAACAGGAGGACGAGGAGCAGAAAGAGGAAAUGGAGGUUAAGAUAGAUGAGGGACCAGAGAUUAAGGAGAAUGAUAGGCAGCAGGAUAAUCAGGAGGAGGAUGUUGUGUUAGGGAAAGAGGAGGGUGAAAAUACACUGCCAGUAGAUGGUGAGCAGGAUGUGAUGGAAACCAAUGAGGCAGAUCAUGCAGAGCCACUAGAAAAUGAGAAUAGCAAAGAAGUGGAACCAGAAAUGGAGAGUAAUGCUCAACCAGAGCAGGAGGGGCCUGUUGCUCCUUUGGAGAAAGAGGAAGCCAACAAGCCAGAAGUGGAAGCUGAACCAGAGGAGGCAGAAGAGAAGGAGCCAGAAUCCAUUGCAGUGUCCGAGGCUGAGGCCCAGCCUCAAGCAGAGGCUGUGCUUCAGCCACAGCCUUCACCACAGUUGGAAUCUACUCAAGAUCAAGAGCCUCAGGUAGACAAAGAAGAAAUGGUGGUGCCUGAGAAUCUGCCUGAAACUCAGGCAGACCAAAUCCAGGCAGUAACUGUAGAAGUCAAGAACAAGGGCAGGAGCAGGAGCAGAGGUAGAGCAAGGAACAAAGGCAGCAAGAGUCGAAGUCGCAGUACUAGCAGCAGCACCAGUAGUACUAGUUCUACAAGCAGUAGUAGCGGCAGCAGUUCUAGCAGCGGCAGCAGCAGUAGUCGGAGUAGUUCCUCCAGCAGCAGCAGCACUAGCGGAAGUAGCAGUCGAGAGAGUAGCAGUAGUUCCAGCAGCAGCGAGAGCAGAAGUCGAAGCAGAGGGCGUGGGCACAAUAGGGAUAGGAAGCGUAGGAGGAGUCUGGAUCGAAAGCGAAGGGAUAAUGCAGGAGUAGACAGGAGUCACAAGUCUUCGAAAGGUAGCAGCAGAGAUGCGAAAGGAUCAAAGGAUAAAAGUUCAAGGUCGGACAGAAAGAGGUCUAUAUCAGAAAGUAGUCGGUCAGGCAAAAGAACUUCGCGGAGCGAAAGAGACCGUAAAUCAGACAGGAAAGACAAAAGGCGUUGACAGAAGAGACCAGGCUCCCUAGCCUAAUCUUUGCAGCAGAAGAUUACUUGAUGAGUGAAAGGAUUCCAUGUGGGGAAGAAAAGGCUGCCUUAAUUGCAUGCUGUAUAAAAUCUUUUGGAGAAAUGCAGACUCUUUACCAGGCAAUUCUCGUGCUUUUUACAUGAUUUUGUAAAAGGUUACUUAUCAAAUUAUGUGAAGAUGCAAAAGUGUACAAAUAAAAGGAUUGACAACCCCUUCAUCUUUUUAAAUCUCCUCUACUUAAAAGAGUUUCUGUAUAUUUUAAUAGGUGCAUAGUUACAUUUGUGUGAAUCACUUCUGUAUCAGAUCUUUUUUUUGUAGAAAUAAAUGUGUAUUUUACAGAGGUGUGAGAGCCUGUUGCCGCUUCAUCUUGCAUAGAUAUCUUUCUCCCUUUGCCAUACUUCAUACAGAGUGUUUGAAUAUUCUGCCUAUUAACACUUCCCCUCUAAUUGCUAAAAAGUGAAUUCUCAAGUUCUAUGAAGGAGCACUCACCUGUGCAUAAUCCAGGUUUUCUUUUCUGUGCUUUCGUUAUACAAAUUGAUGCCAGCUUUUACUAACGUUCCUUGGUGAACUAACUACCCAUAUACAGGAGCCAAGUGAGUGUAUCAAGCCAAUUCUAAUUACUUGGCCAUCUAAAAUCUGUUUAGAGACUUCAUGUAUUUCAACAAGCCUUGCCUUUCCCCUAGUUUUAGAGUAAUGCUUAGAUUUUUUUUAAAAAAACUUGCAUCUCAUUUAUUUCUGUGCUUUGCAGUAUGUUGCAGGAAGGCUAUGGGUAACUUCAAAACUAGAUUAUUGUUGGCCACAGGCUAAACUUUCAAAUACCAAUAAAAAUGCAGUAAACCAUUAAAUUAAUUGGGGGUUAAGAUGUUGUAUUUAUGAAUACCUGUUGAUUGAGGAAAGUGGAUUCAAAAAUUUCUGUAACAUCUAAAGCAAGUCGAUGGCAAUAUAGUUGGUGUAAAAAGGUGACAUACUGUUUUUAAACUUCCUACAAUUGUAUUCAUUGGCUUGUUCUGUAAAAGUCUAAAUAAAGGUAGCUUUAUAUACUA